AUGCGCUGCACGAACUGUGGCUCGCUUGCGAUCGACUUUGCAGACUCGCAGGCAGUAUGCAGUGCUUGUGGUGUCGUGCUGGAAGAGUCGCAAAUUGUCAGUGAUAUCACGUUUGCAGAAAAUACGGCGGGUGGCGCCGUGGUGCAGGGAAGUUAUUUAGGCGCAGAUCAAGCCCGUUGGAAUAUUACUCGCAUGGCUACGGCGCGUGGCGUAACGACCCACGUUGCAGAGCGCGCGCUCCGUUUCUUCCAACUUGCGUUGGAUGGUGGCACAGCCACGGCCGCGGGUUCGCAACCGAAAAAUUUUGUGCUGGGGCGCAAAUCAGACUACACGGUGGCCUCGUGUCUGUAUGUCGCAUGUCGCAUGGCAAAGACGACACACAUGCUGAUCGAUUUCGCCGAUGUGAUCCAGGUGAAUGUGUUUGUGCUUGGGCGUAGCUACCUGCGGCUCUUACGUGUGCUCAAUUUACAAAUGCCGCUCAUCGACCCAUCCUUUUACAUUAGCCGUUUCGCUGCACUGCUCGAGUUCGGCGACGAGACGCAGCGCGUCGUCACAGAUGCUACGCGGCUUGUAACACGGUUCAAAACGGACUGGAUGGUCGAAGGACGCCGGCCUGCUGGAAUUUGUGGCGCAUGCCUCCUGCUUGCAGCGCGCAUGAAUCAUUUUCGUCGCUCCGUCACAGAGAUUGUUCAAGUCGUGAAAAUUGCCGACGUCACGCUCCGGAAACGCCUGGAAGAAUUCAAGUCUACGCCAAGCGGCCAGCUUACCAUUGAGGAUUUUCGCAGUGUCUGGCUUGAAGAGGAGAACAAUCCACCCGCAUUUGCACGCGCGCGUGUCCCAAAAGCAACUGUUAAGAGCGCCGACGCACACCAUGUCGCUCCAGAGUAUGCAGAACUGCAGGCACCUACCGAGCAAGAUGCAUCCAAAUACGCAUUCGAUGGCGAGAUUGAGCGCCUGGCGGAUCAGGCGACGGAGCAGGAAAUCAAUUUGUAUUUACAGCAGGACGAUAUCCGCGCGCUUGAUUCGGAUCUCUCCGUCCAAGAACGCAUGCGUCUAGAGCGGGCCAAGUCGGGGCAUGUAGUCGCUGAGCAGCAGACUGAAGCGCUGGAGCAGCCCGAGCAAGAAGGAGACGGCUCGCUGGAUGGCUUGGACGAGUCGGAACUGGACAACUUUAUCCUGUCCGAGGAAGAAGUCAAGAUCAAGGAGCGCGUUUGGAUGGAAUUCAACAAGGACUACCUGGAAGCUGCACUUGCACGGCAGCUUAAACUCGAGGCGGACCAAAAAGCAGGCAUUGCGCCUACCACGCGAAACCGCAAGCGGCAAAAGCCACGCGAUGGCACAACAGCGCCGACCAAGUCUGCGGCAGAGUCUGCAAAGCAAAUGAUGCUCCAAAAGCGCUGGUCACGCCGAAUCAAUUACGACGUACUAAACAGUCUAUUUCCAGGUGGAAGCGACGCCCAGUUAGGGUCGAAGAAUACCUCUCAUGACAAGCGCAAUAACACUACACCACCACUCAGCGAAAACGAGGAAAGCGAGGAGGAUACUACGCAAGCGAAGCGUGCACGUGCGACAGAAGGACACGAUGUUGUCAGCAUGGAGCAUGCGGACGAGCCGUACGAACAAGACGAAUACUGGUAA